GACGCGCGCCGGCCUUGUGGGAUAUGGCGCUCAGGCCUCAGAAGACCUUCAGGCGGCGCCAGGUGGAGUCCAGCGACAGCGACGGCGACGGCGCGGAGGAGCGGAGCGCCGAGGAGCCGGCGAAGGCAGGCGGAGGAGCCGAGGGAGCCGGGCGGCCGCGCGGGGCCCGCGGCGCCCGGGGCCGCGUCUGGGCGAGUUCCCGGCGCAGCCCCGGGGCCGCUCCACGCGAGGACCGCGACGCAGAAUCCAGAAAAGCUGAUCUCUCCUCUGAUGAAGAAGAAGGAACACAUCCCUUAUCGGAAAGUAAGGAUGACCAGAGUCCAUCCUCCAAUAGCUCUAGUUCUCUGGAAGAAAAGGAAGUUUCACCCAUAGUUAAGAUCCCCGAUGCAGCUUUUAUUCAGGCAGCCCGCAGAAAACGUGAGUUGGCCAGGACCUCACGUGACUAUAUUUCAUUGGAUGUAAACCAUCCGUCCACCACUUCUGACAGUAAGAGAAGCAGUGAAGAGGACCCACAGAGUGAUCCUGAUGACCAUGAAAAGAGAAUACUCUUUGCUCCAAAACCUCAAACACUCAGACAAAGAAUGGCUGAAGAAACAUCAAUCGGAAAUGAAGAAGCAAGUGAAGAGAGUCAGGAAGAUGAAAAUGAAGAUAUUUGGGAACAGCAGCAAAUGAGGAAAGCAGUUAGGAUCACAGAGGGACAAAACAUAGACCUUUCCCACAGCAGUAAAUCUCAAACAGUGAAGAAGUUUGAUACUUCCAUUUCAUUUCCACCAGUAAAUUUGGAAAUUAUAAAGAAACAAUUAAAUAAUAGAUUAGCAUUACUGCAGGAAUCUCAUCGGUCGCACCAGAGAGAAUAUGAAAAGUACGUGCAAGACAUCAAGAGUUCAAAGACUGCUAUUGAGAACCUCGAGAACACAUCAGAUCAAACUCUAAACUACAAAUUCUACAAAGGCAUGAAAACUUACGUGGAAAAUAUAAUUGAUUGUCUAAAUGAAAAGAUUAUCAGCAUUGAAGAACUAGAAUCAUCUACAUACACAUUGCUUUUAAAACGGUCAGAAGCUCUUCUGAAACGGAGGCAAGAUGAGUUAAAAUGUGAAUCAUUGUAUUUGCAACUGUUACCACGCAAAGCAGAGACAUCGGCAAAUGGAAGCUUGGCUGUAGAUGAAAAGGAUCAGCGGACUUUAGAAGAGAUUGAAGCUCGAAGGAUGCAGAGAAGACAGACAAGGGUGCUCACUGGCAGCUGUGCUCAUCAGGAAGGGACAUCUAGUGAGGAUGAGCUGUCUCCUGCAGAGAUGACUGACUUCCAAAAACGCCAAGGUGACAUUUUACAAGAUUGUAAGAGAGUUUUUGAAGAUGUGCAUGAUGAUUUUUGUAACGUCCAGAAUAUUUUAUUGAAAUUUCAGCAGUGGCGCGAAAAGUUUCCUGAUUCCUACUAUGAAGCCUUCGUUGGUUUCUGCUUACCAAAGCUUUUAAGUCCCCUCGUACGAGUUCAGUUGCUUGAUUGGAACCCUCUUAAGAUUGACUCUAUGCAUCUAAAGAAGAUGCCCUGGUUCACAGCCAUAACAGAGUUUAUGGACAGCAGCACGGAUGAUCCAAGAAAAGAUGGUUCUGAUAAAAAAAUUUUGUCUGCUGUCAUCAACAAAACAGUUGUUCCUCGCCUUAUAGAUUUUGCAGAGAUCAUUUGGGAUCCCCUGUCAACCUCACAGACAAGAAGUUUAACAAUGCACUGCAGAGUGGUUUUUGAAGAGUCUGCUUCUGAAAAUGAAGUUAGUAAAAGCAAACAGGAUUUACUUAAAGCUGUUGUUGCAAGAAUGAAGAAGUCAAUAGAAGAUGAUGUCUUUAUUCCUCUAUAUCCAAAGAGUUCUGAAGAAGGAAGACUGUCACCAUACUUAAAGUUUCAAGAAAGACAGUUCUGUGGAGCUCUAAAGCUCUUCCGCAAUAUUCUUCUUUGGAAUGGACUUCUUCCAGAUGAUACCUUGCAAGACCUGGGACUGGGGAAGCUGCUGAAUCGCUACCUUAUUAUCGCUCUUGCUAAUAAUGCCUUCCUUGGACCAGAUGUUGUUAAAAAGUGCAGCCAGAUAGCAGCAUGUCUACCGGAAAAAUGGUUUGAGAACUCUGCUAUGAGGACAUCAAUUCCCCAGCUAGAAAACUUCGUUCAGUUUUUGCUGCAGUCGGCACAUAAAUUAUCUACAGGUGAAUUCAGGAAUGAAGUCAAUGAAAUAAUUCUCAUCCUGGUAAAGGUAAAAGCUUUGAAUCAAGCCGAAUCCUUCAUAGAGGAGCACCACCUGGAUCCCCUCACACCCCCAAUUACAGGUGUUUGAGUGCGCUAUACGGAGGUGCUGAGAGUCAUGGGUGAGGUACUCAGGGCCUUUGCUUGUGCACAGCUGGAGUCUCUUGGCUUCCUCUGUGCCCUGAAAAGCUGUCCUUUCUGGUGUGGUGUCUGAGGGGAUUAUAUGCAGAGCAGCAAUUAAGAGUUCCACAUGUUUCUCUUUAAUUCUCUCAAUCUGAGAAGGAAAGGAAGACAUCUCACCACAGAAGCAAGUCCAGAGUCAAAAUAAACUUCAGCUUGGACAUUCUUAAAACUUAAACUGUUGACAAAUCAGCUCAUGAGGAAGUCUUCAAGUGAAUACUUGUUAAAUGGUUGACAUUCUUAUUACAGAUUGUCCUUCCAAAAUCUGUACUGAUUUAUUGUAUGAACUCAGUGAAAGAGGGCCAGUGGGUCUCCAGAUUUUUAAUUCGUUGUCAGUUUAUUAAGGAAAAAAAAAAAUCUUAUAAAAAAAGAUGUAUCUGUUUUUAUAUGUGUGGUCAUGUUUGCACCUGGGUGGGUUUAGCAGCACGACCAUGCGGGGACAGAAAGGCACCUGAUCCCCUGGAACUAUAGUCCAGGAGAUUGUGGGCCACCUGAUGCAGGUGCUCAGAAGAUAUUGUGACCACUGAGCCGUUCCUCCAGGCCCUGCUAAAGAAUAGAGAUGUGUUGGUUUGGGCCAGCUGUAAUUCUUUUUCGAAUGUCCACCUUUUUGUACAGGCUUAUAAGACUUUUAUAUUAAAAAUAAUACUGAUUUUUUUGUCUGUGCUCUGGCAAACAGUUUUUCAAAAACUUAA